AUGUCACAAAGGAGACCAAGUGUAGUAAUUACUAGGGUAACUAUAGUAAGCCUAAACUGCCUACUUGAAUAUUGCAAUCAUAUUCUGCUCAUUAAUUUUACCUGUUAUUUCUCGGAGGAAAAGAUCUUACAAAAAGGUGCAAUAAGCAAUAAGACUUUCCCAGGUGAGCUUGAUGAUGAGCUGGACAAAGCAAUAAAAAAUGUCUCAAAGGAGGCUGAGGAAAAGAAAAUCUUACUGAAAGUUGCAAUAAGUGAUAAGACUCCUCAAGAACACUGCAACUUUUUUGGAGAAAAGAUCUUAUUGGGAGAGCUUAUUGAUGAGCUGAACAGAGAAGUGAAAAGUUUUUCAAAUGAUACCAAGGAAAAUGAAAUCUUCCUGACAGAACUGCCAAUGAAUGGCUGUAGGGGUGUGUUUUUCUGCCAGGCUGAGCAUGAACUGAAAAAGGAGGUUUCUGGGCUGUCUGAUGCCAAAUUUGACAAUUUCCGUAUUGACAAGAAACUAAUGAGGAAUUUAAACAUGUAUAACAAGCACCAUGUGAAAACCUGUAAACCUGCUGAUGAAGACCAAGAAAUCCUUCUCCUUGAUUCCUUGGAAAAACUCUUGACAUGUGCUAAGAUUGCAUAUCACCAACCCAAGUAAAAUUAAUUUAUGAAGGGAC